AUGCACCAUAUCCAUCACAAGGUCGAGGUCCCCGUAGCGUGCUUCGAGUUGAAUAUCGUAGACUUCGUACUCCUUGUAUUGCCCCUUCAAACCGGGCUGCACAAAGCUCGCUGGGAUGAGACCCAGGGCGCCGAAACGGAGACAGGAGGACACCUUGAGGGGUCGAUCGCCUCGCUUGAGACGGAGCCUAUGAGCGUCAGGCUGCAGACGCGGCCGUCGGAGAGACCUCGGGCAAGACGGCUUGGCGAAGAUGACUUGGCGCAAGGCAAACAAGGCGGCAAGGCGACCAUAUGGAUGCCAGGCAGAACUGCGAUGCAAUGA